AACAUCUUUCGCUCAAGAGACAACUCUUUUUUUACUUGAUCGGUUGUUAAGUAGUUUUUCUCAAAAGAAAUGGAGGCGUCUGUCAUUUUCCCUGUUGAAGCAGAGGCGUUUGUUCAAAGUCUGGAACCUUUCUGUCUCAAAGAAGUGGGCUCUGAGAGGUGGUUCAGACAGCAUGAACACAUUGAGAAACUCAACAUGCAGGCGAUACUGAGUGCUUCUGCCAUGCACAAUGAGUUUGUCAAGGAGGUCCUGGUUUCAUAUGAAAAGAUACCCGUUCUCGUCCACGAAAUGAUCCUUGUGGAAGUGUGGAAACACAAAGUGUUCCCCGUUUUAUGUCAGCUGCAGGACUUUAAUCCAAAGAGCACAUUUCAUCUUUACAUGGUGAUUCACCAUGAAGCCACGAUCAUAAACCUGCUUGAAACAAUAAUGUAUAAUAAGGACUCGUGUGAGGCAGCUGGUGACUCUGUUCUUGACUUGGUGGAUUACUGCCACCGCAAACUCACCCUGCUGGCCAGCAGAGCGACCACUGAGGGCCAACACAACCUGACUGGGAAGGCCGGUCUAUCUUCUAUAGAGGAGUUGCAGAUGCAGAGUGCUGUGCUGGAAUUUGAAAUUUCCCUGAAGGCUGUCUCUGUGCUGCGCUUCAUCACUGAUCACACUGAGAGUAUAAGUGUCAUCAACCGCAUGCUCUGCACCCAUAACCUACCUGGCGUGCUGGUUCAGCUGAUCAGCUGCUGCCCUUGGAGUCGUAAUCAAAAAGGUGAGGUAGAAAAGUACAUAAAUGGCGGAUGGCAGAGGAUUCCUGGUGAGGAUCGUUUAAAGAUGACUAAGCUGGAUGGUCAGGUCUGGAUCUCCCUCUACAAUCUCUUGCUGAAGGAAGACUGCCAAAGGAAAUAUGACUUCAACAAUUUCAACAAGAAUCACCUUCUAAAGCUCCAGGGUUUCAUGACAGAGGUGUUGCUGGAUCAGCUGCCAAAUUUGGUGGAGCUGCAGCGUUUCCUGGCUCAUCUUGCCCUCACAGACCCAGCCCCUCCGAAAAAAGAACUUAUUCUGGAACAGAUCCCAGAAAUGUGGAACAACAUUGUAAGAGAAAAUUCUGGGAAGUGGAAGGCGAUCGCAAAAUAUCAAGUCAAAGAAAUGUUCAGCCCAUCUGAAAGAGACCUGAGGCUGCAGGCACAGAGGUUGGACAAGGUUUACAAUUUGGACGUGCUGGAGCGUUUACUCCCUGAGAAACCAAAGUGUGGAUACUGUGGGAAAGAGGCGGCAAAGAGAUGCUCUCAGUGUCAGGGAGAAUGGUACUGUCACAGAGAAUGUCAGGUGAAGCACUGGUCCAAACACAAGAGAGCCUGCCAGCUCAUGGCUGGGGUUGCAGAGGAUAUCCAGAGAGACCUUCACAUCAGCAGCUAGCAGACAGAGACUGACGAGAACAGAUCUGUAUAUAGACACAAUGUAAAUGUACAUUCCCGUAUGGUAAAAAUGCAUGCCCAGUUACAUUAUGGCAUACUGUUUUAACCAAUUAUUCUCUAUUAAAAAAAAGAAAAGGUUUCUGCAUUGAUUCUGUUAUUCAACACA